CUCUUUCGCUCCUUCUCUUCGCUCCUGCUCUUCGCUCACUUCUCUUUCGCUCCCUGCUCUUUCGCUCACUUCUCUUUCGCUCCUGCUCUUUCGCUCACUUCUCUUUCGCUCCCUGCUCUUUCGCUCACUUCUCUUUCGCUCCCUGCUCUUUCGCUCACUUCUCUUUCGCUCCCUGCUCUUUCGCUCACUUCUCUUUCGCUCCCUGCUCUUUCGCUCACUUCUCUUUCGCUCCCUGCUCUUUCGCUCACUGCUCUUUCGCUCCCUGCUCUUUCGCUCACUUCUCUUUCGCUCCCUGCUCUUUCGCUCACUUCUCUUUCGCUCCCUGCUCUUUCGCUCACUUCUCUUUCGCUCCCUGCUCUUUCGCUCACUUCUCUUUCGCUCCCUGCUCUUUCGCUCACUUCUCUUUCGCUCCCUGCUCUUUCGCUCACUUCUCUUUCGCUCCCUGCUCUUUCGCUCACUUCUCUUUCGCUCCCUGCCUCUUUCGCUCACUUCUCUUUCGCUCCCUGCUCUUUCGCUCACUUCUCUUUCGCUCCCUGCUCUUUCGCUCACUUCUCUUUCGCUCCCUGCUCUUUCGCUCACUUCUCUUUCGCUCCCUGCUCUUUCGCUCACUUCUCUUUCGCUCCCUGCUCUUUCGCUCACUUCUCUUUCGCUCCCUGCUCUUUCGCUCACUUCUCUUUCGCUCCCUGCUCUUUCGCUCACUUCUCUUUCGCUCCCUGCUCUUUCGCUCACUUCUCUUUCGCUCCCUGCUCUUUCGCUCACUUCUCUUUCGCUCCCUGCUCUUUCGCUCACUUCUCUUUCGCUCCCUGCUCUUUCGCUCACUUCUCUUUCGCUCCCUGCUCUUUCGCUCACUUCUCUUUCGCUCCCUGCUCUUUCGCUCACUUCUCUUUCGCUCCCUGCUCUUUCGCUCACUUCUCUUUCGCUCCCUGCUCUUUCGCUCACUUCUCUUUCGCUCCCUGCUCUUUCGCUCACUUCUCUUUCGCUCCCUGCUCUUUCGCUCACUUCUCUUUCGCUCCCUGCUCUUUCGCUCACUUCUCUUUCGCUCCCUGCUCUUUCGCUCACUUCUCUUUCGCUCCCUGCUCUUUCGCUCCUUCUCUUUCGCUCCCUGCUCUUUCGCUCACUUCUCUUUCGCUCCCUGCUCUUUCGCUCACUUCUCUUUCGCUCCCUGCUCUUUCGCUCACUUCUCUUUCGCUCCCUGCUCUUUCGCUCACUUCUCUUUCGCUCCCUGCUCUUUCGCUCACUUCUCUUUCGCUCCCUGCUCUUUCGCUCACUUCUCUUUCGCUCCCUGCUCUUUCGCUCACUUCUCUUUCGCUCCCUGCUCUUUCGCUCCCUGCUCUUUCGCUCCCUGCUCUUUCGCUCCCUGCUCUUUCGCUCCCUGCUCUUUCGCUCACUUCUCUUUCGCUCCCUGCUCUUUCGCUCACUUCUCUUUCGCUCCCUGCUCUUUCGCUCACUUCUCUUUCGCUCCCUGCUCUUUCGCUCACUUCUCUUUCGCUCCCUGCUCUUUCGCUCACUUCUCUUUCGCUCCCUGCUCUUUCGCUCACUUCUCUUUCGCUCCCUGCUCUUUCGCUCACUUCUCUUUCGCUCCCUGCUCUUUCGCUCACUUCUCUUUCGCUCCCUGCUCUUUCGCUCACUUCUCUUUCGCUCCCUGCUCUUUCGCUCACUUCUCUUUCGCUCCCUGCUCUUUCGCUCACUUCUCUUUCGCUCCCUGCUCUUUCGCUCACUUCUCUUUCGCUCCCUGCUCUUUCGCUCACUUCUCUUUCGCUCCCUGCUCUUUCGCUCACUUCUCUUUCGCUCCCUGCUCUUUCGCUCACUUCUCUUUCGCUCCCUGCUCUUUCGCUCACUUCUCUUUCGCUCCCUGCUCUUUCGCUCACUUCUCUUUCGCUCCCUGCUCUUUCGCUCACUUCUCUUCGCUCCCUGCUCUUUCGCUCACUUCUCUUUCGCUCCCUGCUCUUUCGCUCACUUCUCUUUCGCUCCCUGCUCUUUCGCUCACUUCUCUUUCGCUCCCUGCUCUUUCGCUCACUUCUCUUUCGCUCCCUGCUCUUUCGCUCACUUCUCUUUCGCUCCCUGCUCUUUCGCUCACUUCUCUUUCGCUCCCUGCUCUUUCGCUCACUUCUCUUUCGCUCCUGCUCUUUCGCUCCCUGCUCUUUCGCUCCCUGCUCUUUCGCUCCCUGCUCUUUCGCUCCCUGCUCUUUCGCUCACUUCUCUUUCGCUCCCUGCUCUUUCGCUCACUUCUCUUUCGCUCCCUGCUCUUUCGCUCACUUCUCUUUCGCUCCCUGCUCUUUCGCUCACUUCUCUUUUCGCUCCCUGCUCUUUCGCUCACUUCUCUUUCGCUCCCUGCUCUUUCGCUCACUUCUCUUUCGCUCCCUGCUCUUUCGCUCACUUCUCUUUCGCUCCCUGCUCUUUCGCUCACUUCUCUUUCGCUCCCUGCUCUUUCGCUCACUUCUCUUUCGCUCCCUGCUCUUUCGCUCACUUCUCUUUCGCUCCCUGCUCUUUCGCUCACUUCUCUUUCGCUCCCUGCUCUUUCGCUCACUUCUCUUUCGCUCCCUGCUCUUUCGCUCACUUCUCUUUCGCUCCCUGCUCUUUCGCUCACUUCUCUUUCGCUCCCUGCUCUUUCGCUCACUUCUCUUUCGCUCCCUGCUCUUUCGCUCACUUCUCUUUCGCUCCCUGCUCUUUCGCUCACUUCUCUUUCGCUCCCUGCUCUUUCGCUCACUUCUCUUUCGCUCCCUGCUCUUUCGCUCACUUCUCUUUCGCUCCCUGCUCUUUCGCUCACUUCUCUUCGCUCCCUGCUCUUUCGCUCACUUCUCUUUCGCUCCCUGCUCUUUCGCUCACUUCUCUUUCGCUCCCUGCUCUUUCGCUCACUUCUCUUUCGCUCCCUGCUCUUUCGCUCACUUCUCUUUCGCUCCCUGCUCUUUCGCUCACUUCUCUUUCGCUCCCUGCUCUUUCGCUCACUUCUCUUUCGCUCCCUGCUCUUUCGCUCACUUCUCUUUCGCUCCCUGCUCUUUCGCUCACUUCUCUUUCGCUCCCUGCUCUUUCGCUCCCUGCUCUUUCGCUCCCUGCUCUUUCGCUCACUUCUCUUUCGCUCCCUGCUCUUUCGCUCACUUCUCUUUCGCUCCCUGCUCUUUCGCUCACUUCUCUUUCGCUCCCUGCUCUUUCGCUCACUUCUCUUUCGCUCCCUGCUCUUUCGCUCACUUCUCUUUCGCUCCCUGCUCUUUCGCUCACUUCUCUUUCGCUCCCUGCUCUUUCGCUCCCUGCUCUUUCGCUCCCUGCUCUUUCGCUCCCUGCUCUUUCGCUCCCUGCUCUUUCGCUCCCUGCUCUUUCGCUCACUUCUCUUUCGCUCCCUGCUCUUUCGCUCACUUCUCUUUCGCUCCCUGCUCUUUCGCUCACUUCUCUUUCGCUCCCUGCUCUUUCGCUCACUUCUCUUUCGCUCCCUGCUCUUUCGCUCACUUCUCUUUCGCUCCCUGCUCUUUCGCUCCCUGCUCUUUCGCUCCCUGCUCUUUCGCUCCCUGCUCUUUCGCUCCCUGCUCUUUCGCUCACUUCUCUUUCGCUCCCUGCUCUUUCGCUCACUUCUCUUUCGCUCCCUGCUCUUUCGCUCACUUCUCUUUCGCUCCCUGCUCUUUCGCUCACUUCUCUUUCGCUCCCUGCUCUUUCGCUCACUUCUCUUUCGCUCCCUGCUCUUUCGCUCACUUCUCUUUCGCUCCCUGCUCUUUCGCUCACUUCUCUUUCGCUCCCUGCUCUUUCGCUCACUUCUCUUUCGCUCCCUGCUCUUUCGCUCACUUCUCUUUCGCUCCCUGCUCUUUCGCUCACUUCUCUUUCGCUCCCUGCUCUUUCGCUCACUUCUCUUUCGCUCCCUGCUCUUUCGCUCACUUCUCUUUCGCUCCCUGCUCUUUCGCUCACUUCUCUUUCGCUCCCUGCUCUUUCGCUCACUUCUCUUUCGCUCCCUGCUCUUUCGCUCACUUCUCUUUCGCUCCCUGCUCUUUCGCUCACUUCUCUUUCGCUCCCUGCUCUUUCGCUCACUUCUCUUUCGCUCCCUGCUCUUUCGCUCACUUCUCUUUCGCUCCCUGCUCUUUCGCUCACUUCUCUUUCGCUCCCUGCUCUUUCGCUCACUUCUCUUUCGCUCCCUGCUCUUUCGCUCACUUCUCUUUCGCUCCCUGCUCUUUCGCUCACUUCUCUUUCGCUCCCUGCUCUUUCGCUCACUUCUCUUUCGCUCCCUGCUCUUUCGCUCACUUCUCUUUCGCUCCCUGCUCUUUCGCUCACUUCUCUUUCGCUCCCUGCUCUUUCGCUCCUUCUCUUUCGCUCCCUGCUCUUUCGCUCACUUCUCUUUCGCUCCCUGCUCUUUCGCUCACUUCUCUUUCGCUCCCUGCUCUUUCGCUCACUUCUCUUUCGCUCCCUGCUCUUUCGCUCACUUCUCUUUCGCUCCCUGCUCUUUCGCUCACUUCUCUUUCGCUCCCUGCUCUUUCGCUCACUUCUCUUUCGCUCCCUGCUCUUUCGCUCACUUCUCUUUCGCUCCCUGCUCUUCGCUCACUUCUCUUUCGCUCCCUGCUCUUUCGCUCCCUGCUCUUUCGCUCCCUGCUCUUUCGCUCACUUCUCUUUCGCUCCCUGCUCUUUCGCUCACUUCUCUUUCGCUCCCUGCUCUUUCGCUCACUUCUCUUUCGCUCCCUGCUCUUUCGCUCACUUCUCUUUCGCUCCCUGCUCUUUCGCUCACUUCUCUUUCGCUCCCUGCUCUUUCGCUCACUUCUCUUUCGCUCCCUGCUCUUUCGCUCACUUCUCUUUCGCUCCCUGCUCUUUCGCUCCCUGCUCUUUCGCUCCCUGCUCUUUCGCUCACUUCUCUUUCGCUCCCUGCUCUUUCGCUCACUUCUCUUUCGCUCCCUGCUCUUUCGCUCACUUCUCUUUCGCUCCCUGCUCUUUCGCUCACUUCUCUUUCGCUCCCUGCUCUUUCGCUCACUUCUCUUUCGCUCCCUGCUCUUUCGCUCACUUCUCUUUCGCUCCCUGCUCUUUCGCUCACUUCUCUUUCGCUCCCUGCUCUUUCGCUCACUUCUCUUUCGCUCCCUGCUCUUUCGCUCACUUCUCUUUCGCUCCCUGCUCUUUCGCUCACUUCUCUUUCGCUCCCUGCUCUUUCGCUCACUUCUCUUUCGCUCCCUGCUCUUUCGCUCACUUCUCUUUCGCUCCCUGCUCUUUCGCUCACUUCUCUUUCGCUCCCUGCUCUUUCGCUCACUUCUCUUUCGCUCCCUGCUCUUUCGCUCACUUCUCUUUCGCUCCCUGCUCUUUCGCUCACUUCUCUUUCGCUCCCUGCUCUUUCGCUCACUUCUCUUUCGCUCCCUGCUCUUUCGCCUCACUUCUCUUUCGCUCCCUGCUCUUUCGCUCACUUCUCUUUCGCUCCCUGCUCUUUCGCUCCCUUCUCUUUCGCUCCCUGCUCUUUCGCUCACUUCUCUUUCGCUCCCUGCUCUUUCGCUCACUUCUCUUUCGCUCCCUGCUCUUUCGCUCACUUCUCUUUCGCUCCCUGCUCUUUCGCUCACUUCUCUUUCGCUCCCUGCUCUUUCGCUCACUUCUCUUUCGCUCCCUGCUCUUUCGCUCACUUCUCUUUCGCUCCCUGCUCUUUCGCUCACUUCUCUUUCGCUCCCUGCUCUUUCGCUCCCUGCUCUUUCGCUCCCUGCUCUUUCGCUCCCUGCUCUUUCGCUCCCUGCUCUUUCGCUCACUUCUCUUUCGCUCCCUGCUCUUUCGCUCACUUCUCUUUCGCUCCCUGCUCUUUCGCUCACUUCUCUUUCGCUCCCUGCUCUUUCGCUCACUUCUCUUUCGCUCCCUGCUCUUUCGCUCACUUCUCUUUCGCUCCCUGCUCUUUCGCUCCCUGCUCUUUCGCUCCCUGCUCUUUCGCUCACUUCUCUUUCGCUCCCUGCUCUUUCGCUCACUUCUCUUUCGCUCCCUGCUCUUUCGCUCACUUCUCUUUCGCUCCCUGCUCUUUCGCUCACUUCUCUUUCGCUCCCUGCUCUUUCGCUCACUUCUCUUUCGCUCCCUGCUCUUUCGCUCACUUCUCUUUCGCUCCCUGCUCUUUCGCUCACUUCUCUUUCGCUCCCUGCUCUUUCGCUCACUUCUCUUUCGCUCCCUGCUCUUUCGCUCACUUCUCUUUCGCUCCCUGCUCUUUCGCUCACUUCUCUUUCGCUCCCUGCUCUUUCGCUCACUUCUCUUUCGCUCCCUGCUCUUUCGCUCACUUCUCUUUCGCUCCCUGCUCUUUCGCUCACUUCUCUUUCGCUCCCUGCUCUUUCGCUCACUUCUCUUUCGCUCCCUGCUCUUUCGCUCACUUCUCUUUCGCUCCCUGCUCUUUCGCUCACUUCUCUUUCGCUCCCUGCUCUUUCGCUCACUUCUCUUUCGCUCCCUGCUCUUUCGCUCACUUCUCUUUCGCUCCCUGCUCUUCGCUCACUUCUCUUUCGCUCCCUGCUCUUUCGCUCACUUCUCUUUCGCUCCCUGCUCUUUCGCUCACUUCUCUUUCGCUCCCUGCUCUUUUCGCUCCCUGCUCUUUCGCUCCCUGCUCUUUCGCUCACUUCUCUUUCGCUCCCUGCUCUUUCGCUCACUUCUCUUUCGCUCCCUGCUCUUUCGCUCACUUCUCUUUCGCUCCCUGCUCUUUCGCUCACUUCUCUUUCGCUCCCUGCUCUUUCGCUCACUUCUCUUUCGCUCCCUGCUCUUUCGCUCACUUCUCUUUCGCUCCCUGCUCUUUCGCUCACUUCUCUUCGCUCCCUGCUCUUUCGCUCACUUCUCUUUCGCUCCCUGCUCUUUCGCUCACUUCUCUUUCGCUCCCUGCUCUUUCGCUCACUUCUCUUUCGCUCCCUGCUCUUUCGCUCACUUCUCUUUCGCUCCCUGCUCUUUCGCUCCCUUCUCUUUCGCUCCCUGCUCUUUCGCUCACCUUCUCUUUCGCUCCCUGCUCUUUCGCUCACUUCUCUUUCGCUCCCUGCUCUUUCGCUCACUUCUCUUUCGCUCCCUGCUCUUUCGCUCACUUCUCUUCGCUCCCUGCUCUUUCGCUCACUUCUCUUUCGCUCCCUGCUCUUUCGCUCACUUCUCUUUCGCUCCCUGCUCUUUCGCUCACUUCUCUUUCGCUCCCUGCUCUUUCGCUCACUUCUCUUUCGCUCCCUGCUCUUUCGCUCACUUCUCUUUCGCUCCCUGCUCUUUCGCUCACUUCUCUUUCGCUCCCUGCUCUUUCGCUCACUUCUCUUUCGCUCCCUGCUCUUUCGCUCACUUCUCUUUCGCUCCCUGCUCUUUCGCUCCCUGCUCUUUCGCUCACUUCUCUUUCGCUCCCUGCUCUUUCGCUCACUUCUCUUUCGCUCCCUGCUCUUUCGCUCACUUCUCUUUCGCUCCCUGCUCUUUCGCUCACUUCUCUUUCGCUCCCUGCUCUUUCGCUCACUUCUCUUUCGCUCCCUGCUCUUUCGCUCACUUCUCUUUCGCUCCCUGCUCUUUCGCUCACUUCUCUUUCGCUCCCUGCUCUUUCGCUCACUUCUCUUCGCUCCCUGCUCUUUCGCUCACUUCUCUUUCGCUCCCUGCUCUUUCGCUCACUUCUCUUUCGCUCCCUGCUCUUUCGCUCACUUCUCUUUCGCUCCCUGCUCUUUCGCUCCCUGCUCUUUCGCUCCCUGCUCUUUCGCUCACUUCUCUUUCGCUCCCUGCUCUUUCGCUCACUUCUCUUUCGCUCCCUGCUCUUUCGCUCACUUCUCUUUCGCUCCCUGCUCUUUCGCUCACUUCUCUUUCGCUCCCUGCUCUUUCGCUCACUUCUCUUUCGCUCCCUGCUCUUUCGCUCACUUCUCUUUCGCUCCCUGCUCUUUCGCUCACUUCUCUUUCGCUCCCUGCUCUUUCGCUCCCUGCUCUUUCGCUCCCUGCUCUUUCGCUCACUUCUCUUUCGCUCCCUGCUCUUUCGCUCACUUCUCUUUCGCUCCCUGCUCUUUCGCUCACUUCUCUUUCGCUCCCUGCUCUUUCGCUCCCUUCUCUUUCGCUCCCUGCUCUUUCGCUCCCUUCUCUUUCGCUCCCUGCUCUUCGCUCACUUCUCUUUCGCUCCCUGCUCUUUCGCUCACUUCUCUUUCGCUCCCUGCUCUUUCGCUCACUUCUCUUUCGCUCCCUGCUCUUUCGCUCACUUCUCUUUCGCUCCCUGCUCUUUCGCUCACUUCUCUUUCGCUCCCUGCUCUUUCGCUCACUUCUCUUUCGCUCCCUGCUCUUUCGCUCACUUCUCUUUCGCUCCCUGCUCUUUCGCUCACUUCUCUUUCGCUCCCUGCUCUUUCGCUCACUUCUCUUUCGCUCCCUGCUCUUUCGCUUCACUUCUCUUUCGCUCCUGCUCUUUCGCUCCCUGCUCUUUCGCUCACUUCUCUUUCGCUCCCUGCUCUUUCGCUCACUUCUCUUUCGCUCCCUGCUCCUUUCGCUCACUUCUCUUUCGCUCCCUGCUCUUUCGCUCACUUCUCUUUCUCUCCCUGCUCUUUCGCUCACUUCUCUUUCGCUCCCUGCUUCUUUCGCUCACUUCUCUUUCGCUCCCUGCUCUUUCGCUCACUCUCUUUCGCUCCUCUUUCGCUCCCUGCUCUUUCGCUCACUUCUCUUUCGCUCCCUGCUCUUUCGCUCACUUCUCUUUCGCUCCCUGCCUCUUUCGCUCCCUUCUCUUUCGCUCCCUGCUCUUUCGCUCACUUCUCUUUCGCUCCCUGCUCUUUCGCUCACUUCUCUUUCGCUCCCUGCUCUUUCGCUCACUUCUCUUUCGCUCCCUGCUCUUUCGCUCACUUCUCUUUCGCUCCCUGCUCUUUCGCUCACUUCUCUUUCGCUCCCUGCUCUUUC